UCGCUGCAUGUAUAAAUACAGGAGAGCGGGCAGCGUGUAAACAGUCACAACAGCUGCACGAUAUCUGACCGCACUCGAGGACCAAAGGCGCCCGAUUUGACAAGAUGAAGCUCUGCAUCCCGUUCGUGUUCCUGUCCGUCUUUGUCCUCGUCCACGGGAUGCCGCCGAUCAGCAGGGACUACAACAAGCACUGCCGCUGCCUGCAGGUGGAGUCGAGGAUCAUCCCGCCCGACAACCUGAGGAGCAUCAAGCUGGUCCCUGAGGGCCCCCACUGCCCAGACAUAGAAGUCAUAGCUGGACUGGCGAGCGGGGAGAAGGUCUGCCUGAACCCUCGGUCGUCGUGGGUGAAGAAGCUGGUCCACUUUGUUCUGGAGAAGCAGCUCCAUCAGCAGGGCGGCGCGCUCGCCAAGAAUGAAGCCUGAGCCCCCGUCGACGGGUGGCGGGCCGCCUCCGUCCUUGCGACACUGAGCCGUGCUGUUUCACUUUAAACACAAUCACACACUAACACAAUGUCUAACCGGGCUUGUGUAGCUUUCACCUGUACUCCUUCACAAUUUAUUUUUUUUUUACACAUUUUUCUAAAUAACAUUGACCUCGGAUUUAUAUGGAGUGUUAUUUAUUCUAUUUUUAAAGGUUGUAAUGUAAACGUGUGGGAUAACGUGUAACACAUGAUUUCUUUGCAAUGCUCCCUUUUGAUGAAGCUUCCUACACAUAGACAAUUCAUUCAAUUUCUCACUUCGAUCUUGCGUUAGAAAGAACUCACCACUGUAUAUCCCGAAAAGUCUAAUUCUGGGCUUAAUUAAAAAAAUUAAUACAUGUUUAAAAAGUGAA